CUCUCUUUCUUUAUUUUUAAGAAUGAACAAUGAAUAUGACUUGAUUAUUGUAGGUGCGGGCGUGGUAGGUUGCGCUGCAGCCAGAGCUUUUGGUCAAGAUGGACGUAAAGUAUUACUGCUUGAGCGUGAUUUGAGUGAGCCAGAUCGUAUUGUUGGAGAACUGAUGCAACCAGGUGGUAUGCGAGCUCUAAAGAAGCUUGGUAUGGAAAAUUGUACUGAGGGCAUUGAAGGAAUCAAUUGUUUUGGAUACAGUGUGUAUCGCAAUGGUGAACUUGUUGAAUUGCCUUACACAUUUGACCACACUCUUGGAAAACAAGCAAGAGGUAUUAGCUUUCAUCAUGGCCGCUUCAUUCAAAAGUUACGACAAUCUGCUGCCGGCACGGAGAACGUGACAAUAAUGCAAAGGACGGUAUCUGAGCUUAUUGUACAAGACAGCGUGAGCGAAAAAGUCAUUGGUGUCAUUACGACUGAACACGAAAAGUUUUAUGCACCUUUGACACUUGUUGCUGAUGGCAUUUUUUCUAAAUUUAGAAAAGAAUUCACAGACACCAAAACUCAAGUUACAUCGCAUUUUGUGGGUUUCUUGAUUCAUGAUCUUGAUCUUCCCUUCCCUCAAAAAGGUUUUGUCUGCUUAGGUAAUCCCUCUUUUGUUCUCAUGUAUCAAAUCUCGCCUAAUGAAACUCGCGUCUUGGUGGAUGUGCCUGGAGAAUUACCUCAAGUCUCUAUUGGUGAACUCAAGAAAUACAUGCAAAACGUUGUUUGUCCUGAAUUACCGUUGUCUAUUCAAGCCAAGUUUCUAGAAGCAUUGGAAACAGAACGCUUACGGCCUAUGCCCAGUGGAUUCUUGCCUCCUACUAUCAAUCAACGUGAUGGUACUAUCCUCUUAGGUGAUGCCCUUAAUGUUCGUUCACCAUUGACAGGUGGUGGUAUGACGGUAGCUCUUGAAGACGUCUUAACAUGUCGUGACCUUCUAUCGAAAGAAAAUGUACCUUCAUUUACAGAUACUGAUUUAGUACUACAAGCAAUGAAUGCAUUUCAUUGGAAACGCAAGCGAUACUCGGCUGUAAUCAAUGUGCUUGCCAUGGCUCUAUACUCUGUUUUUGCUGCUGGACAGUCAAGCAAUAUGAUGGUGCUUCAAUAUGGUUGCUUUGAGUACUUCAAGUUGGGAGAAGCAUAUACUCAAGGACCAAUGGACCUACUGUCUGGUUUGAACCAUUCCCCUCUUGCUUUGAUUUAUCAUUUCUUUAGUGUGGCAUUUUAUGGCAUCUAUUUUAUGCUCAAGCAAAACGGUGUAUCAAAAAUGCCUCAAAACAUUUGGAGAUCAUUGGCUGUUUUUUAUACUGCAUGCAUUACUAUAAUGCCUUUUCUUUGGGGUGAAUUAAAAGGCUGAAAAGAUAUAUACCUUCGUUUUCUAAAAUAUUAGUAUAAUAAACUAUACAAGAUAGAACAUCAAAGAUUUAUAGAAAAUAUAUGACUAAUUAUCAAACUGCCUUGUCAUUGAGCUGCUAUAAGGUUACAUGUCUUAACUUUAUGACCAUA